AUGAAGCUGUUCCAUGACAACGGCAACCCAGGGUAUUCCAAGAAAGGCCGAGAUCUAAACCGGUUCCGCUGUGAAUUGAAUGCCUAUCAGAACCUCCGCAAAUCUGGCGUAUGCGAUCGUGGGUUCGUGCCGGCAUUGGAUGGCUACAUUGAUCGAAAUGACCCAGCCGCUUUCCAGCCUCCACUUGAACGUUUCGUCAACGAUGAUUUUCAACCAAGGGCGAUCUUCCUUGAGUACUUGGCGGACGCAGAGAAACUGAAUUGUGUAAAUUACUCUGAAGACCUCUUUCGAGAUGCGAUCCGCGGCAUACAAGAGAUCCACCAGGCCUUUGUUCAUCACCAUGAUAUUUAUCCGAAGAAUAUGCUAGUCGUGUCUGGUGGUAGAAUUGUGUGGAUUGAUUUCGAUGUCGCGACCACUUUUCCCAGCAUGGGUACCCGCGAGAGGGCAUAUUGCGAAUAUGAAACCGAGCUUGUUAAAAGUUUUGGAGAGCUUCUGCAAGAGGACCAGGCACAGGGUCUUCCUCCAUAUACUAAAUAUUAUUGA